GCCAUAUCUGAAUUGGUGACAUGGGAAAGUGGCAGGAAAUGACAAAGGAGGAGCUGGAAACUCAGUACUCCCCUAGCAAGUGGUCUCUUCGGCGGGUCAAGGAUGUGAUUGAGGUUCAUAUACAGGCAACUAGUGAUGCUACCCACAAUGCCCAGGCUGCCACCAAGACUCUGCUGAAUGUCCCUUAUGGGCUUGGAGAGGGAGAGAAACUUGAUGUGUAUCUUCCUAAAGAGCCCUCUCAAACCUUCCCCCUGGUCCUUUACAUUCAUGGUGGCUAUUGGCAAUUGCUGAGCAAAGAGGUUUCCGGGUUUGCUGCAAGGCCUCUAGUGACCCAUGGCAUUGCCUUGGCUGCAGUAGACUAUGAUGUGGCUCCCAAAGGCCAGUUGGAAGAGAUGGUCAGACAAGUGCGUCGUAGUGUGGCUUUUGCAGUUCAACAAUACACAUGGAUCAGUGAUGUUUAUCUGCUUGGGCAUUCAGCAGGAGCUCACUUGGCAGCCAUGGUGCUUUCCACAGACUGGACAGAGUUUGACGUUGUGCCAAACAUCAAAGGAGCCUUUCUGGUGAGUGGCGUGUAUGACCUGGAGCCUAUAAUGCACACCUAUGUCAAUGAUGUACUGCACAUAAACCGGGAAGUGGUCCAGUCAAACAGUCCUUUGCAGCGUGCCCAUAAGUUGGAGGGCAAGAAGGGUUGCCGUGUACUAAUUGCUGUGGCACAACAUGACUCUCCUGAAUUUCACAGACAAUCCUGGGAGUACUUUGAGGCUGUACGCUCAGCUGGCUGGAGUGCCUCCUUUCUGGACAUCGCAGACAGAGAUCACUUUGAUGUGGCUGAGAAACUUUCCCAAGAGGACUAUGUUCUCACACAGGUUAUUUUGAAUAUGAUUUCAGGAGAGUGACUGGUUGGACAACAACAGAGCUCUCAGGCCAAAGUUUUCUGCUCCAUCUGUGAACAUGUCUGCAUCAUUCAUACAUUGCCUUUUUCUUGAAUGUCUGUCUGCAGUGCCUUCGUCUUUCAAACGGAGAAUGGCCUUCCUCUCGUACUCUCCUUUUCUGACUACAGUUGUAGCCAAUCCUGAGGGUUUUUUUUUUUGGAAAAGCAACAUCUGUUUUGAUCUGAGUCAUACUCUUCCUCCUUGAUUUUCUGCAAGGUAUACUUGAAGGGAAUGUAGUUCCUUAUAUGUGGACUGCAUGAGUCACACAUGGAAACAGCCUCCUAAGUAGACUUUAAAUUCCUCUUCUGUGAAAAAAACUGCUUUCUUCCAGCUUAUUGGGAACAUUAAAAUAAAAUUGGGGCAUAAAUUUUAACUGGAUUCCUGUUAUAAAUCACUUGUUCCCAGGAGCUGGUCUGGCAAUGAAGCUGAGCACAUAAUUAUUGCAUAAAUCACUACCUUUCCUUAUUGUUUGAGCUGUCAGCUGAAGAACAUGGUCUUUCUCUUAUGGUACAAUCUGAAUACUUACUAAAACCUUGGGUCCAUAUCACACUACCUAAUAUGGAGGCAGAUAUUUAGUGUUACUGUUACUGUUCACUGUGGCAAAAUGUUUUUUCCCCCAAUUCUGCUACCUGAUUUUUAUUUUUUUUAGAAAUCUGGAGAUACCAGAGACUGGUGCCUCCUCACAAAUGUUUAGCAGGGCCAGGGGGCCUGUUCCUUGAUUCCUUCCUGCACAAUUGAAUUCCUGCACUGUUUCCUUCCUGCACAAUUGAAAGGCAGUCUGCUGGGUAUCUGAGUGCUGUCCAGAGUUUAUUUAGGGCAGAAAAGCAGCUAGAGUGAGGUGCAUCUGCUCAAUUCAUUAAGAAUGUGAAUGCUUCAGACCAGAGGCAUAGCAAGGGAAGGCAUAGGCAUGGACCAAGGAUUGCAUGAGAUUUUAUACCUCUUUCUCCAGGCAUUUUUCUUCAAAUUGUACUAAUUAUAAUUUUUGCAUCUGAACAUUAUGCUUGUUAAAUUGUUUCUGGUUUUUUCUUUAUUUUUGUGAAGACAUGCCAAAGCAAUGGCAGAGGGCUGAGUUCUACACGGUUUUGUGCUUCACAAGAGCUUUUCAACCACAAAGAGAGUCGAAAACCUAUGAUCAUAGUAUUGUCCCUUAUGAAUGUGCUGCUUCCUAGUAUUCCCUGAAGAGCAAGGUGACAUUCCCUCCCCACAAAUCACUGAUUUCUCUGGUACAGUAUCCUAAUACCUUUCUCGGGUC